AUGUGGAUUAUCUCGUUUUGGAUGUUUCCGUUGGUGUCAGCCUGCAUGUGGGUUUCAAUGUUGAUCGCCAUGCUGGUCACCUGGGUCAAAGACGGGAGACCGCACUAUGCCAGUAUGGAUGAAGGACAGACUAUUGCGUACAUCUCAGAUGUCGGAGCACAAGGCUUGAAGCCGCUGUUCGUCGCAGGCAGCGCGGUCACCGUCGUCUUUCUCGAUUUAGCAUUCCUCUCCGAGCGGUGGCUUCGACACUCCAACCAGUUGGCCUCGAACAAGGGUAGAUUGGACAAGGCAUGCGCUAUUAUUUCAAUCUUUUUCGCGAUUGCCGGUGCUGCAGGUCUGAUUCUGCUCUCUGUAUUUGAUACCCUCCGCCACCCGAAGUUACACGACGGUUUCAUCGGCCUGUUCAUUGCUGGAUACGUGAUCAGUGCCAUUUUUGUUUGCAUAGAGUACCUCCGUAUCGGAAUCUUCUACCGUCGCGAGCACCGUGUCUUGCUCGUCAGUUUCUUUAUCAAGCUUGUCUUCGUCAUUGUCGAGCUCGCACUCGCCAUUGGCUUCGGUGUCUGCAUCGGUAGCAAGAACUCGUCUAAGCAAAACCCUGGCGCGGUUAUCGAGUGGACUAUUGCUUUCGUCUUCACUGGAUACGUUCUUUCCUUCGUCGUCGAUCUAUUGCCUUCUGUGCGCACCAAAAACCACGUGCCCCAGGGUGAGAAGUACCUGAUGAACCAGGGUGGAUUCAGUGGAACCCGUGAAGAAGGCGUCUCCAUCGAAGAGCCGCUGACCCAUGACUCGAUGGGCCCGAGCACCGGCUUCUACCGAGGCCAGCGGGUCUAA